UUUCUGCCUUAAGAUACGAGUACACAAUUUGAUUACACUUCAGACCCCGCCAUAAGAUAGCGCCAGGAAAUGUCAAAAUAUCCGGCACCAUUAAUUCACAUUGGUUUCCUUGCAGUGGAAAGACUAUCAGUUGGUGGCAGUAAUGCAAAAAUACAACAACAGAAAACGAAAAUACAUUAGAUGUAGAUUUAAAGAUGGACUUUGUGCUUGGAUUUCUGUUUACAACAGGUUGUUGAGGGCAAGGGUUAUCGCUGUGCAUUUUUGUCUUGUGGAAGUGCUAGAACGAUUUGUUGAUUGUAUUGAAUUUAUACAGUACCUUAGAUUUAAAAAUACAAUAUUAUACUAAAAACAAUUAUUUUAAUAAUGUGGCCUUUUCUUGUUGAGAAUCUGAGAAAGGGGAUCUGUGCCGCAUUCUGUCACCAAUGUGUCAGACCACGCUUUAUAGUUGAGAGAACGUGGUAUAAGUACAAGAUGAUAAUAUCUAUCUACUUUUACAUUUAAAUAGCGUCAUUUUCUAAUUGUCUGUCUCCUUUUCCGGUUAUUUUUGCCUUCUUGAAACGUGCCGGCCGUGCACCUGCCAUCAUGGCGACGUCGUGAGCCCUUUAUUGCAACGUUUUGUCGUCAAAGGUUCAACUGGUUGGAAGAAAAUAGUGUGCCAUUUUAAACCGCACCCAAUGGAAGUCGUUGUCAUGUGUUAAAAAAAAAUUGCGUUUGAUAAUCCCUCCCGCCACAGGGGAAAUGGUUGGCUCGAGGGGGAUUCUUUGACACGUUUAUCCGUCCAGCUGCAGGCUAGCCGCGGUUAGCUUCGCAGCAAGCACAGCUGGGGCUCCUCUGGACGACGACUGGGAAGCUAACGGCACUCGACGGCGUUUUCAGCCUCCUCCGAUGAGCCCAUGGACGAGCUGGUGAGGAGUUUACCCUCCCCGACUCUCCCGGGGAUCCAGCUGCCGCGUGUGGACACCCACAAGGGCUGGCUCUUCAAAUGGACCAACUACUUGAAGGGAUACCAGAGGCGGUGGUUCGUCCUGAGCAACGGCCUGCUGUCCUAUUACAGGACGCAGGCAGAGAUGGGACACACCUGCCGAGGCACCAUUCCCUUGGCGGCCGCUCAGAUCGAGCAGGGCGACGCGUGCAACUUGCUGAUAACCAACGGAGGUCGGAGUUACCACCUGAAGGCCACUUCUGAAGGGGAGUGUCAGCAUUGGUUGUCGACACUGCAGCGGGCCAAAGUCAAUGCCAACGCGCUCAUUCAUCACUCAGAUGACUCAGGAGAUGAAGAAAGUCCGGGCCCGCAUGACGCUCGAGUCUUAAGCCAAGGAGUCCUAAAGACGUUGGCCAGCAAGCUGGAUGAUCUCAGCACCUGCAACGAGUUAAUUGGAAAGCAUGGCGCCGCCCUCCAGCGCUCCCUCAGCGAAUUUGAGGAUCUCCGCGGCUGCGUCAACGGCACGGAUAAAGUGAAGACCGUUAAUGAGCGAGCCGCCCUUUUUCGCAUCACCUCCAAUGCUAUGAUCAAUGCUUGUCGUGACUUCCUGGAUGUAGCACAGUCCCAAAACCGAAGGUGGCAGAAAGCCCUGCAGCAUGAGCAAGAGCAACGUCAUUAUCUGGAAACCACCAUUGAGCAGCUAGCUAAACAGCACAAUAGCUUGGAGACAGCCUGGAGGGAAAAGCCCACUUCGUACACAGGUGUGCAGAGAUCUCGUGAGGUGGACGAGAGUGAUGAUAAUGAUGAAUUCUUCGACGCCAUGGAGGACGCGCCUUCGUUCAUAACUGUGAAUGCGGACACCACGCACAGACGCUCAGGAAGUAGUCAGAGUAUGAGUGUUGGAGUUCCCAGUGACUGGACCCUGAAUGAGAAUGACACCUCAGACCCAAAUCACAUGCAGCUACGCAGAAGAAGACGCACCCGUAUUCCAGACAAACCCAAUUAUUCCCUCAACCUGUGGAGCAUCAUGAAGAACUGCAUUGGGAAAGACCUAUCAAAGAUCCCCAUGCCUGUCAACUUUAACGAGCCACUGUCAAUGCUACAGCGUCUGACCGAGGACGUGGAGUACAGCGAGCUCCUUGACCGGGCGGCUCGCUGCGACUCCUCCCUGGAGCAGAUGUGCCUGGUGGCCGCCUUCUCCGUCUCCUCCUACUCCACCACCAUCCAUCGCACAUCCAAGCCCUUCAACCCUCUACUGGGGGAAACGUAUGAGCUGGACCGCCUGCCGGAAUUCGGCUACCGCUCCAUAUGCGAGCAGGUGAGUCAUCACCCACCAGCUGCCGCCCACCACGUCACCUCACAGCGAGGAUGGACCCUGUGGCAAUACAUCACUAUUGACAGCAAAUUCCGUGGGAAGUACAUCUCGGUCAUGCCACAAGGAAAGAUUCACUUGCAGUUCCAGUCAAGUGGGAACUACUACAUGUGGAGCAAAGUGACCUCAACGGUGCAUAAUAUCAUUGUGGGGAAACUCUGGAUUGAUCAGUCCGGGGACAUCGAGAUUGUAAACACCACCACCAAGGAUACAUGCCAUCUCAAGUUCUCCCCCUACAGCUACUUCUCCAGAGAUGUCCCACGGAAAGUAACUGGCAUGGUGGAGGACAGGGAGGGCGUGGCCCAUUACAUCCUAUCAGGAACGUGGGACGAAAAGAUGGAGAGUGCCAAAAUAGUGGAUAGCAGUCAAGGAAGUGGAGGCUCAGAAGGCAAACAAAAGACAGUUUAUCAGACUCUUCAGCCAAAACUGUUGUGGAAGAAAUACCCUCUCCCGGACAAUGCAGAAAACAUGCAUUAUUUCUCCACCUUGGCUUUGACUCUGAACGAGCCAGAAGAAGGGGUAGCGCCCACCGACAGCCGCAUGCGUCCAGACCAGCGGCUCAUGGAGGCGGGUCUGUGGGAUGAAGCCAACAUCCAGAAGCAGCGUCUGGAAGAGUGUCAGAGGCUGGAGAGGAAGAGGAGGGAGGUCCAAACCAUGCAUGCCCUUGAGGAAGGUCAAGAAGUGGAGAUAUACCAGCCUCUCUGGUUUGAGAAGAGAAUGGAUGAAAGAACAAGAGAAAGCAACUACAUCUACAGGGGAGGCUACUGGGAGGCUAAAGAGAGGCAGGACUGGAGCAUGUGUCCCGAAAUCUUCUAGAACAAACAGAAACUGGGGCUGUCGCUUAUCCAUCAUGGACUCCUCUCAUCCGUCUCAUCGUUUCUAAGAUAAAACAUUGUUCAGUCUGCUCAGAAUACGUCAUUCCUCUCUAACCUGGAACGACACGCUUCUUGAGCCAGCCUGAUCACAACACACUGCUUCACAAAGAUUUUUUCAUCUGAAGCUACCUGAAUGGGAUGAAGCCGCUUUACAAGUUGGUAAACAAUUAUAGCUAUUCGUCGUAGGAUACUUUUGAUUAUUUUUAUUUCAUUUUAAGUAUGAUUGAACUACUGAAAUGCGGUCUUCACUGUUCCUCGAGAAUCAUCAUCAUUAAGUAAGAUGUACACAAUUUUGACUUUUAAAUAUAGUAAUAGAUUAAGUGCAAGGGUCUGAAUUAUAGUGACGGUUUGUGAUGGAAUGUGUGAUUUAAUUAAAGUUCUACUGAAGGACAAAGUGGACUGACUGUCGAAAGUGGGAGUUAAAUGACAACAAAGUUAUGGGCCUUGUUGGACCUGUUACCAGUGUUAGUUAUUGGACUCAUUUCUGUCCUUUAGUUUGAGAUGUCUGCAAUAAGUAAACUGCACUCUUACCUGAGGAAAAAAAAUAAUCUCAGGCAAAAUCAUCAACUUUAUUCCGAAUGCCAGUUUAUUAAAUGAAAAAAAAAUGGCAUCUUAUAUUCAGACUAAAAAAAAAAAAAAAAAAAACCUAGCACAAAUACCGAAAGCUUUGAGUGCUGCUCCGCUCGCCGGUAUGGACAGUCAUAAAAGAAAAGAAUACUAUCAAAAAUCUGUUUAUUGUACAAAUGUUUAAGUCGCUGGUUGACUUGCCUGUACCGAAAUACAGUAGAAGUAGGAUUACAUCAUUCAAAAUGACUGUAAAAGGUCUACAUACUUACUAAGGUUAGUGUUUAAAUUUAUGUAAACGAAAUAUAAAUAUCAUGAGAUGUUGGAUUGGAUGAUUCAUUUGAUUUUAUAGGCUGUGUGUUGCCCAGAAAAGCACAAGAGUGAUGUUUAACCUGCAAGUUACCUAAAUGCUAAAGCCUUUGACACGUGACACGUACAGUUCUAUAGCUAUGCAUGGUUUUGAAGCGCCCGUUUUAUCACCUUACCGUGUGUGAAUUCUUCCUGGAACACGAUGUGAACUCACCAUUUGUGCCCGACGACCUUGAAAAUGUUACCUUUCUUUUUCUAGCCCCAAUAAAAACAUGAAGCGGUC